ACGCAUGCGCAGAUUCAUAGCAACUGUCACCAAAAUCCAAAAUGGACGGUGGCGAAGAUAAACAACCUGAAACUUCGGAAGAACAGCCUGUUGAGGAAACAGAACAAGAAACGGCUGAAGCUGAACCUGAAGUAGCUGAUGAAGAUGUAACUGAACAAGAGGAUAAAGGUCAAGAGGGAAACACUGCAGAAGGGGCAGAAGAGAAUGACGUAACUCCAGGUGAGAAUGUACAUGUAGAAAGUGAAGAAGGUGUUGAGAAUGUUCAAAAUGAAAAUAAUUUAAUGUCAGAGCAAACAGGUGAUGAGGCAGCUGAUAAUUCAGAGAAUAAACAGGAUGAGUCAGAGGAAACAGAUAGCAAGUUGGAGACGGAUUCAAAAAUCAAUGACGGCUUAGAAAUAGAGCAAGGUAAGGCUGAGAUAAUUGAGAAGGACAAUGAACAAGUAACUGAGAAUAAGGAUAAUGAAGAAGAUAUUGAAAAAGAUGACGUUAAGAAAGAUGCCAAUGAUGCGGAUGUUGCUUAUACGCAAGCAACUGAUCAGGAGAACCUUAGAAAAGAAGCAGAGGGUGAUGAGCCAUUGGGAGAUGAAGAUAAUCCAGCUGAAACUGAUGCUGACAAAGUGGAAAACGCUCAUGAAGUUCCAGGGAAGGAUGAUACUGAGGAUGCAAACACUGCACAGGAAGGGGAUACAAAAGAUGAGGGAGAAAAACAAGAAACAGGGGAAGGAGAACCAAAAGAGCAGGAAGCAGUGGAAGGGGAAGCUAAAGCAGAAGAUGGAACUGAGAAGACCACUGAUGAGCCGGAUGGUAAGGGAAAGGAAGAAUCAGACUCUGCCAAAGAUGAGACUAAGAAGGCUGAUGUUGGGGGACAGCAGGCAGAGGAAGGGGGUGAGGAAGAGGGUGAAAAGGUGGAAGAGAAGGAAGAAGAGCCCAAGAUUCCCGAUGACUUUUACUACGACUUCCAGCAGUUUGCCUCCAAACCUUCUGUCACUUUAGAUUCUGGGUUACCGGCAGACAUGCUCACAUUAAAACAUUCCUUCGGCUAUGACUGCACAAAGCGGGCCAAUCUGCACAUACUCAAUGAGAAGACAGUCAUGUUUGCAGCGGGAAACGUUGUGCUAAUUCUAGACCUCCAGACCAAAGAGCAGAUUUUCCUACGCAGCUCUAGCGGGGGUGGUAUUGGAGCCUUGGCAGUACAUCCCAGCAGGACUUUCUUUGCCGUGGCUGAGAAGGGGUCUAGUCCAAAUAUUAACAUCUUUGAGUGGCCGUCCCUCAAAUUGUACAGAAUUCUGCGAGGGGGCACGGAGCGGUCUUACUCAUUUGUGGAUUUCAACCCUGAUGGCAGCCUCCUGGCCUCCCAGGGUGGCGACCCAGACUUCAUGCUGACUGUCUGGGACUGGAAACAGGAGAAGACCGUGCUGAGGUCCAAGGCGUUCUCCCAGGACGUGUUCCGGGCCACUUUCUCCACCGAGCUGGAGGGGCAACUUACAACAUCCGGUACUGUCCACAUUAGGUUCUGGAAGAUGGCGGACACGUUCACGGGUCUGAAGCUUCAGGGAGAGCUGGGCAAGUUCGGUCGCACGGAGAUCUCAGACAUCGAGGGCUACGUUGAGCUGCCAGACGGGAAGGUGCUGUCGGGCUCCGAGUGGGGCAACAUGCUGCUGUGGGAGGGAGGGCUGAUCAAGGUGGAAAUCCGCAUGAAGAACAAGAAGCCCUGCCACACGGGGGCCAUACAGCAGAUCCUUCUGGACGAGGGGGAGCUCAUGUCUGUCGGCAUUGACGGCUUUAUACGGGUGUGGGACUUUGAGGCCAUAGACACUGCUGACACGACUGAUGACACAGGAAUGUUUGAGCUGGACCCCAUGAAUGAGUUGAAAGUGGGGACGGAUGUUCAGCUAAAGAUGAUCAUCAAGUCCAUAGACGGCGAGAAUGAACCCACCAUCUGGUAUGCACAGGAUGCAAACGGUGGAAUUUGGAGGCUUGAUCUCUCCUUCUCUCAUACAUCGAGUGCCCCUGAGAAGUUGUUUACGUUUCACGCUGGCCCGAUAACUGGUUGUGAUAUGUCGCCAGUAUCACAGCUGGCUGCAACAACUGGUGUUGAUCGCUCAGUGCGUGUGUUUGACUAUGCCCAGCAGAAGCAGAUCUGUGACAUGAGAUUCCCACAGGGAGGUUCCUCAAUCAUCUGGAUGCCCGAUGUGGUUGACCCCAAGGGAGGCACGGUGGUGGUGGGGUUCCAGGACGGCGUGGUGCGCUUGCUGGGUGUGAGCAAGUUGAUAGAGGACUCUGUGCGGCGCAAGAAGCACCACGAGUGUAGCCUGCAGCUCCUACAGGCCUUCAAGCCUCACAGCAGCAAUGUCACCACACUGGCCAUUGACACCAAGGGGGAAGUGCUGGCCUCGGGGAGUGAAGACGGGACAGUGUUCUUCAUGAACAUCGGUUCCAAGUACAAUCCUAUUGGCUUCGUGAAAGUGGCAGGGCCAGUAACCCAGAUACAGUGGUCUCCACCAAGAUUUGAGAAAGAGACCGUGCUUGUGUUCUGUAAAGGUGGCAUUGUGCAAGAGAUUGCAUGGCCAGAUGAUGGCAAGUUUGACACGUCUCACACCUUCGAGAUUAAAGGACUGCCAAUUAAAACAUUCAAAUUUGCUAGCAUCAAGUCUCAUUUGCGGCAUGAGGAAGAACUGGAGAGGAAGGCCAAGGAGGAGGAAGAACGAAAGAAGAAGGAGGAGGCAGAGAGGAGGAAGAGGAUUGAGCGAGGUCUCGAGACUGAGUCUGAACAAGGGGAUGAACCAGAGGAAGAGAAGGAACCCGAGCCGGUAUGGGAGCCCUACAUUCCCGCCGAGCCCAGCCCCAUACUGACUGGUUUCUACUCUGACAAACCUGGCACGUUCUGGCUAUCCAUGGGAGAAUUUGAUGCGGGUUAUCUGUACGAGUGUGCAUUCCCCGAGUCCUCAAGCGCAGAGGAAGUGGAAAAGAUGUCCGCUGUGGCGCCGUUCAAGUCCAUACCAGUACUCGAGUCCAAUGACACGCCCAUCUGUACCAUCAAGUGGAGUAAGAAUGGCCAGCAGGCGCUGUUCGGUCUGGAGAACGGACAGAUCCGCAUCCAGAACCUCGUUCACCCCUUUGACAUCUCCGAGCUGGGCCCCUCCUGGACCCUCAGUGUCCAUGACAACGUGUACGGCCACAUCACCGGCCUGCUGCAGAGUCACGACGGCACCGUGCUCAUCUCCACCGGUGCGGACGGCAACUUCUUCCAGUUCUCCGUCAUGGGCCAGGAGCAGCUUGAUAAGAAGAUCGCUGAGAACAAGGCUAAACUGCCGUCAGCUAAGAAACUGGAUGACAAGAACCUGCCAGACGACAUCCAGGACCCGAAGGCAUACAGCAUAGAGGAGGCCAAACAGAAGGCAGAGCACGACAAGAUGAUGAGGGAGGCUGAGGAGAAGAAGAAAGAAGUGAGGCGCCACAUCACCAAGAUGAGACGCAUGUUCAAACAGCUCCUGGAGCAGAAUGAGGCCCUGCCAGGACACCUCAGGCUGCACAAAGAUGAGUUUGAGAUGGACCGUGAAAUCAAGGAGGAGUUGGAGAGACACAAGAGGGAGAAGAUAGAGCUGGUGAGGAGAGAGCUGGCCUGGGAGUCAGAGAAACAGAGGAUUGCACUGGAGAAACUCAGGAAGAGAUUUAAAGAUGUGGUGGAAUGCGAUCGUAUAGUUGUGAAAGCCUUCGCGACGCCCCACGAGGUAGCCAGCUUCAGAGCCUCCAAACUGUCGGAUGACUUCUACCACCUCAAGGCAGACUUUGAGAGAAGGAAGACACAAAUCAGGGACGAUAUGACACGUGACCCCACCAGGGAUCUUCUGACUGGUGCUGGUCGACUGACUGACUCAACGGGUCAGGGAGGGGACAGGCAAGACGACCAGGGCGGAGCCAAGGUCAGCACAACCCUGAAAGGCAGCAUGGGUGAGAGGAUCACCAAGGCAUUGCUCAAGGUCGAGGAGAAGAAGAGAAAACGGGCAGAAAGAAAAGCCAUGUGGGUGGAGCUAUACGAGACGAAGCCUGACGAUGACUAUGAGGACCCGAGUGACAUCGCCGCAAUCAAGGAGGCCAAGGACAACAUGGGGGACUACAAACUGAAGACCGCCAACAACUACGUUGUGCCAGACCAUCUCCGCAUGAACGUGGAGAAGGCACGGGGAAGACUCCUCAUAUUGAAGGAUCUGAUUCAUGAGCACAAGUACAACUUCAACCAGCGUCUGUUGCGGUUAAGGGACAGGAAGAUACAGGUGAUUGAGGAGAUUCGGGACCAGACGGCAGAGCUGGAGGCGGUGCACGCAAAACUGAGCGCAGACGUCAUCAGACCCAUACCCCCUGUACCGGAGAUGCACCCUGAGGAAAUGCCAGAAAAGAAGCUGGAGUACACGCGUGAGACCCUGGUAGCCUUCAAGAAGGAGAUGGCUGAUAAGGCGGCCACGGCCAAGAAGGGGGCACAGGAGCAGGGGGGAUUUGGAGGCUUCGGGGGCUUUGGUGGGGGAGCAGCACCACCGGCAGCUGACAAGAAAACUGAUACUGGUAGAACUUCGCCUGUACCAGUUGCCAAGCAGUCGACCACCCUGAGCACAGAGAAAGCAGGGGAGGAAACUGAGGCAGAGGUGGAGGAGUUGUCUCCCUUGGAGGUGCAGCUCAGACAGGUGGAAGUCAUCAGGUUGACGUAUGAGCAGGAGCGUCUGUUGAGCCGCAUCAAGGAGAUCAAGGACAACUUUGAUGCUGAGCUGAGACUGCUGAGACAUGACAAGUUUAAACUGGACAUCAUCAUGAAGAACGCUGACCUUAGACAGGUGACGCUGUUCGAAGAGCUGGUGCUGCUCAAGGAGUACGAGAAGAGAGAGGAUGUGCUGGCAGAGAAAGUGACGAACAAACAGCAGGAGAAACUGGACAUGCAGGCAAAGAUAGUUGAGGUGACGUCCAAGCUGGAGGUGAAGAAGAAGGAGAUAGAGAAGCUGCAGGAGCGGGAGAAGGCCCUGUACGCAGCCUUCCAGGUCUCCCUUGGAGACAACAACAAGUUUGCAGACUACCUUACCAAGGUCUUCAAGAAGAAGAUCAAGAGAUCCAAGAAAAAGACCACAGAGGGAGAUGAUGAUGAGGAGGACAGUGAUGAUGACAGUGAUGAAGAUGAAGACUGGGAUGAGGAGGAGGACGAGGAUGAAUCUGAGAGUGGCGGAUAUGACCUGGACAUCUGUCCACCAGGAUGUGAUCAGAACCUCUAUGAAGCCACAUGCCAGCAGCGUGAGAAGCGCCUGGACAUUGAGGAGGCCCUCGUGGAGGAGAAGAAAACCAACGACGCGCUAAAGAAGGAACUCGAGGGCUACGGCAAGAAGUCCAAGGUCAUCGACAGCGGACUUAAGACCGCACAACAAGACCUCGAGGCAUUCCAGCUAGAGAAGCAGCAGAAGCUGAACGAGUUGGACGUGGUCGUGUCCCUGAAACUGCACCAGAUCCAGUACAUGGUGAACGGAGUGCUGCCCCAGGACCUCUCACACACCCUCGUGUUCGAGUCCCACGGGGUCACCAGGCUGCAGAUGAGAAUCAAGGAACUGGAGCAUGAGAAACACUCACAGAAGAAAUACAUGAAGGAAUCCAAGAAGAAGCACGUUCAGUUGAUCAAGGAUCGCAAGACGUUUGAGUCGAAGAUCUCGGAGAUGGAUGAGGAGUGUGAGGAGAUGAUGGUGUCCAAGUUUGGCUGCGUGGUGGACAUCGAGAAGCUGGAAACGGUCACAGUGAACCGCACCAUCGAGGAGCUCAAGGAGAAACUGCGCAUCACCGAGAUACAGUGUUCUGAGGAGGUCGUGGAGUGGAACGACAAGAUUUCAGAGAAGAAGAACGCGAUCACUGACCUGAUACGAGAGAACACGAAGCGUCUCAAUCAACUCUCCACCCUGCUUGAUAAGAAACAUGGCUCGGAAGGGUCCUUGGACUCCAGGCAGAAAAAUCUGCAAAAGAAAGGGGUAAGUUAUAGUUGCAAGCUGCACUGCAAUGCAAGAAACAGUGAAACUGUUCUUUUUGAUGUUUGAAGGUUCUAAGUUUUUUUCAAGAUAUUGAAGAUGCAAAGUACUGUUUAAUGUUUAAUGAAAUGAAAAAGAGGCCUGCAUUAAUCAUGCUUUUUCUCUGAAAUCUAUGAUUUCUAUGGUACUUUAUUUUAUCUUUUAAAAAACAUCUUUCAAGGUGAACUUUUUUUAUGAUUAAUUUUACAUUAAAUGUAUUUUUGCUGCCAAAUCAAAUUUUAUGAUGUCACCUUUGGAGGCUAUUUAAAAAUAAUAAUAAUAAAUCAAGGCUUUCUGGUACCAGGGUGCAGAAUCAACGGGGUUUCAGGGGUUUACACAUGGGCUGGACAGAAUGCAAACACACCGUUAAAAACUUUAUUUUUGCAAAUAUCUCAGCUUAUUGAAAUACAUUUGCAAAAAUCUUUAGUUCAUAAAAGACAGUUUUUUUGCAGUUUGUGCCAAUAGCUAAAGGUAUAAGAAUAAAUCCUUGAAUAUGUCUGAAAUUGGUGACAAAAUUUCUCAUUGCGUGAAGCAUAAACGUUUACAAUUAAUGCAGCAGAUACCGAUUUUUUUAACAAGAACACAGGCUUAUUAAAUAAAGUAAUUCCAAUGUAUUUCACAUUGCCAUAAGCAGCAUAAAAAUCUGUCUUUUAUUCACUAGUUGAAAUUCUUAAGAAAAAAUAAUUUUAAAAAGUUUUUUUAAAUAAAGCGCCACUUUACGUCGUGUAUACAUCCAUUCAAGUUAAAAGGGGGAACCCUACAAAGUCACAUGAUCCUGCACUCUGUGUACUUGUCUAUACCACAGGACAUACUACAGAUUUAACUUUUUUGGGGCAAAAACUUUGUGUCACGCUUUUCCAUUUGUUUGUUUUUGCAUUAAAUUUUGCUUCAGUAUUUACACAAUAUACAUUACAACAAAUGGAAGAAUUUGCUGGUUUUACAUCAAGAUAAAACAAUAAUGAUUGAAGUUAUCAGCAGUGAUUAUUUCUCUAUUGAAAGCAGCACAGUGCAGAGAGAUAUUAGCUAGUUUUGUGCUGUAUUUAUGGAAGUCUAGAAUGUGUGGAGUGUCUACAGAGAAAUUAGACAGGGGGGAGAACUCAUGUUUCAAAUGUUGAAGUUUUCAUUGCAGAGUAGUCUUUCAUGCAUACAUGGGUGUCCAUAUUUUGUUCCAAAAAUAUUUUUAAGCAGUGUGUUUCAAAUCUUGUUAGUUUGGAGUAAUUAUUAUGCAUUAAUUGUGGUUCAACAUAUGUACAAUUAAAUUCUAUUUGAUACUGUGUUAAAGUAGCAUGCUUACUGUUUGCUGAUUGUAUAAUACAUUAAGUUAAGAGGUAGUUAAUGUGAAUACAUUAUUUCAUAUACUGUUGAAACCAUUUCAAAUUAUACAAAAAAGAAAGAUAACUUUCUGCAAAAGGAUACUGACAAGUGUCUAAUAUUCUCUGCAAUAUUAUCAUUAAUUGUUUUAUGAUAUGGAAAAUGCACAAUGUGUGAUAAGAGACCUCAAGACAUAGAUAGAUGAGAGCCUUGAUUAGGGACCUCAAGACAAUAGAUAGAUGAGAGCCUUGCCCUGGGGAAAUGAGGCUUAAUGUGUGUAGUUUUGUCCCAGAUUAGCCUGUGCAGUUUGCACAGGCUGAUCUUGGAAGACACUUUACACAAAUGCAUCAUAUGAGCAGCAUUCUGGGAAAACUGGGCUUAAUGCAUGUGCGUAAAGUGUCGCCCCUGAUUAGCCUGUGCAGGGACGACACUUUCCGCAUAAAUUGGACUUUUGCUAAUUAGAGACUUUAUUUAAACAAAAAUGUCAUAAAAGCGGAAAGUGUCCUCCCCUCUUAGCCUGUGCAGACUGCACAGGCUAAUCUGGGAUGACACUUUAUGCACAUGCAUUAUGCCCAGUUUUCCCAGAACUUGACUCAUAUUGUUUAUAGAGCAUGUUGUGACAACAGAGAGGAGGAGUGUCUUAUAACCAUGAUUUUACCAGAUUUAGUUUGCAAUUCAAAUAUAUGAUCACUCAAGGUUACACUUGCAAAGUCUAUGAGGCUAAUAUAAAGUAAAUUUAGAUAGAUCUUUUUUGAGAAAAUUUAUAUUAGUUGCAUGAGUUUUAUGUUUGAUUUUAUGUAUGUUUCUUCAAAGGGCAAGACAAUUUUUACAUGAAAAUAACAUAUACCUUCUUUUUCUUAUGUUUCCAAUUUGUAUGAAAUGUCAGUUAAAAAACAAAAUAAUACGUUGUACACUAUAUGCUAAAGAUUUCCUAUUGACGAUAAAAUUGUUUACCGCACAAUAUUUAAUAUUCUAUACAUAAAACGUAAAUAAAUUUGGCAAUGUUUUUUGAGUAUUUAGCUCACCUGGGCAUGUUAAAAGUUUUAAUUUAAAACAUAUAUUUUCCUUUGCUUUUUAUGCCCCCGGAUUGAUAGAUCGGGGGUAUAUUGUUUUUGGCCUGUCUUUCUUUCUUUCUGUCUGUCAUUGCGUCAUUCUGUCAUCAAAACUUUAACCUUACAGUAAAGUUUUGCAAUAACUUUUGAAAUAUUGAACAUACCAACUUGAUAUUUGGCAUGCCUGUGUAUCUCAUGUAGCUGCACAUUUUGAGUGGUGAAAGGUCAAGGUCAUCCUUCAAGGUCAAAGGUCAAAAAAAGCGGCGCAUUAGGGGGCAUUGUGUUUCUGACAAACACAUCUCUUGUUUUACUUUUUUCUAAUAUUUUGUCUUCAAUGUUUGCCCCAUGAUUUUAUACAUUAUUUUCAACCGAUCCCCAUCAUAGUUUCAUCCCAUAUAUUGCUCAAUUUCUCACAAAAGGUAUCUGUGGCGAAGUGGUUAUGGUGUCAGCCAAGCAAUCGGAGCGCCAUGGGUUCGAUCCCCACUGUGGGACCAUUCAUAAGAUCUUCAUCAUAGACAUCAUGUAUUUGAACUUAAUCUCUCUCUGCC